UAGUUCUGAAUUCCUUAUAAUACAAAAACCGACGAAAAAGAAAGACUUCUCUCUCUCACACCGGGAGUAACUCUUGAUGGCUUGGAGAUCCUCAGGCAGAAAGCUGUCCUUCGAGAUUCUAAACCAUAGCAGUUCCCAUGAAGAAAAAGAAGACCAAUAUCUUGUCAAUUACCAAUCAGAUCCAGUGGAGAAACCCUACCGAAAAAAGAAGAAACACAAGCGCAAACACAAGCCUCUCCAUCCCGCAAUCCACGAAGAUUCAAUCACCCAUUCCUAUUCAGUUGUCCACAAUUCGCAUCACACAGACAACGGAAACAUCCAAAACAGUUAUAUAGUAGGCAGCGGCGGGAGCGUGGUUUGUAGUACGGUGAGUGAAGUAGGGGCGGAGAUUCAGCGCGUGUACGGGAACGGGGAGUUGAGGCAGAGGAAUGUCAAUUUUGCUGGUGGAAUGGAGACUGUGGUGGAGGAAAAUGCGUCGGAGGAGAGUGGAGUGGAGGAGAAGCAGCGGAGAAGUGAAACACCGAAUGGAAGUGUUGUUACGAAGUUGGAGACGGCGGAAUCAUUGGAUUGGAAUAAACUCAUGGCCGACGAUCCUAAUUAUCUCUUUUCGAUGGAGAAGUCACCGGUGAAGUACUUUAUGGACGAAAUGAAUAAAGGAAUUUCGUUGAGGAGCACAACUACUCUUGGGAGUGAGAAAGAAAGGGAGAAAGUAUAUGACACCAUUUUUCGCUUGCCAUGGAGAUGUGAACUGCUUAUAGAUGUUGGCUUCUUUGUAUGCCUGGAUUCGUUUCUAUCACUGUUAACUAUUAUGCCAACUAAGAUUCUGAUGAUCCUCUGGAGGUUUCCGAGUGCCAGGCAGUUCAAGAAGCCUUCUGCAGCAGAGCUUUCUGAUAUUGGCUGCUUUAUUGUGUUGGCUUCUGGUGUUGUACUUUUGGGACAAAUAGAUAUCAGCUUAAUAUAUCACAUGAUUCGUGGCCAAGGAACAAUCAAACUCUAUGUGGUUUACAAUGUUUUGGAGAUAUUUGAUAAACUGUGUCAGAGCUUUGGUGGAGAUGUACUGCAGGCUCUAUUCAAUUCUUCAGAAGGGCUUGCAAAUUGUUCAUCAGAAAAUAUGAGAUUCUGGAUUUUGAGAUUUAUCUCUGAUCAAGUUUUAGCUAUGGCCUUUUCAAUUCUUCAUUCUUUCAUUUUAUUAGCUCAGGCAAUUACUUUAUCAACUUGUAUCGUUGCUCACAAUAAUGCUUUGCUGGCUUUGCUUGUAUCCAAUAACUUUGCUGAGAUAAAAAGCAGUGUCUUCAAACGUUUCAGCAAAGAUAACAUUCACAGUUUGGUGUACUCUGAUUCCAUAGAGAGAUUCCACAUUUCAGCAUUCUUAUCAGCUGUUUUGGCUCAAAAUAUACUGGAGGCUGAGGGUCCUUGGUUUGAGAGUUUUCUUCUUAAUGCGCUCAUGGUUUUUUUCUGUGAAAUGUUAAUUGAUAUCAUAAAGCAUUCAUUCCUCGCCAAAUUCAAUGACAUGAAGCCUAUUGUAUACUCUGAAUUUCUUGAAGAGCUUUGCAACCAGACACUGAACAUUCAAACAGAGAAUACAGAAAGUAGAAAGAGAACUCUUACAUUCAUUCCUUUGGCUCCAGCAUGUGUGGUUAUCCGAGUGCUGACUCCAGUAUAUUCUGCUCACCUUCCCCACAGUCCCCUUAUGUGGAGGCUUUUUUGGAUCCUUUUCUUGGCUGCCUUGACCUAUGUUAUGCUCACAAGCCUGAAGGUAAUGGUUGGCAUGGGCCUCCAAAAGCAUGCCAAAUGGUACGUCGAUAGGUGCCGGAGGAGGAAAAAACGAAUUCACAAUGAUUAAUUCUGAUAAAAGAAACAGAUCUCAUUACACACACAUAAGAUUUAAUGAGGUUUUACAUCACAUGGAUGGAGAAGGCUUCCAUUGGCAACAGAUGGAGGCGGUUGGUUCCAGUAGCUGGAAAUGUAACCGUGAAUUAAAUCUCCGGGAGGGGGAUUAAGUAGCGACAGCCGCCCCGCUGUUUCGGUUCAAUUUCAACUCUCACAAGGGUCUUUCCUUCAAUUUUGUCCAGAAGAAACAUCAUUGAGUGGUUUAUACGAAAUAUUACAAAGGAUCAGUAUUACACUAAAUUUAUUGAAUAUCCGGUAAUUAAAAGAAGAAAAGAAAUUCAUUUUGUUCU